ACUCCUCCGGCCGCAGCCCCCACCUGAGUGCUUUCCACUUUCGUCCUCUUCAGUUCAAGAUGGUGGCCUCCCGGGCGAUAGGCAGCCUCAGCCGCUUCACUGCCUCCAGGACGCUCCGCUGCCCAGGUUAUAUCUCCCGCAACUUUUCAGGGUCCUCUGCUUUGCUAACCAGAACCCAUAUUAACUAUGGAGUCAAAGGGGAUGUGGCUGUUGUCCGAAUUAACUCACCCAAUUCAAAGGUGAAUACGCUGAACAGAGAGCUGCAGUCGGAGUUCAUGGAAGUGAUGAACGAGAUCUGGGCGAGCGACCAGGUCCGAAGCGCCGUGCUCAUCUCGGCGAAGCCAGGCUGCUUCAUUGCGGGCGCCGACAUCAACAUGUUAGCCUCUUGUAAGAGCGUUGAAGAGGUAACACGAAUAUCACAGGAAGGCCAGAGAAUGUUUGAGAAACUUGAGAAGUCCACAAAGCCUAUUGUGGCUGCCAUCAGUGGAUCCUGCUUAGGAGGAGGACUUGAGCUUGCCAUUUCCUGCCAAUACAGAAUAGCCACAAAAGAUAAAAAAACAGUAUUAGGUGCCCCUGAAGUCUUGCUGGGGAUCUUGCCAGGAGCUGGAGGCACACAAAGGCUGCCCAAAAUGGUGGGUGUGCCUGCUGCUUUUGACAUGAUGUUGACUGGUAGAAACAUUCGUGCAGACAGAGCAAAGAAAAUGGGACUGGUUGACCAAUUGGUGGAACCCCUGGGACCAGGAUUAAAACCUUCAGAAGAACGGACAAUUGAAUAUCUAGAAGAAGUUGCAGUUACUUUUGCCAAAGAACUAUCUGAUAAGAAACUCUCCCCAAAGAGAGACAAAGGAUUAGUAGAAAAAUUGAUGUCAUAUGCCAUGAGCAUUCCAUUUGUCAGGCAACAGAUUUACAAAAAGGUGGAAGAAAAAGUACGAAAACAGACCAAAGGCCUUUAUCCUGCACCUCUGAAAAUAAUCGAUGUAGUAAAGACUGGAAUUGAGCAAGGGAAUGAUGCUGGCUAUCUCUCUGAAUCUCAGAAAUUUGGAGAGCUUGCCAUGAGCAAAGAAUCAAAGGCCUUAAUAGGACUUUAUCAUGGUCAGGUCCUAUGUAAGAAGAAUAAAUUUGGAGCUCCGCAGAAGGACGUGAAGCACCUAGCCAUUCUUGGUGCAGGGCUGAUGGGGGCCGGCAUUGCCCAGGUCUCUGUGGACAAGGGCCUGAAGACCAUCCUGAAAGACGCUACCCUAGCCGGGCUGGGCCGAGGACAGCAGCAAGUGUUCAAAGGGUUGAAUGAUAAAGUGAAGAAGAAAGCUCUAACAUCAUUUGAAAGGGACUCCAUUUUCAGCAACUUGACUGGGCAGCUCGAUUACCAGGGUUUUGAAAAGGCCGACAUGGUGAUUGAAGCUGUUUUUGAGGAUCUUAAUCUUAAGCACCGAGUGUUAAAGGAAGUAGAAGCGGUGAUUCCUGAUCACUGUAUCUUUGCCAGUAACACGUCUGCGCUCCCAAUCAACCAAAUUGCUGCUGUCAGCAAAAGACCUGAGAAGGUGAUUGGCAUGCACUACUUCUCUCCGGUGGACAAGAUGCAGCUGCUGGAGAUUAUCACCACCGAGAAAACUUCCAAGGACACAACUGCUUCCGCUGUAGCAGUGGGGCUCAAGCAGGGCAAGGUCAUCAUCGUGGUUAAGGACGGGCCUGGCUUCUACACCACCAGGUGUCUCGCGCCCAUGAUGUCCGAAGUCCUCCGAAUCCUCCAGGAAGGAGUUGACCCUAAGAAGCUGGAUUCCCUUACCACAAGCUUUGGCUUUCCCGUGGGUGCUGCCACACUGGUCGAUGAAGUUGGCGUGGAUGUAGCAAAACAUGUAGCAGAAGAUCUAGGCAAAGCUUUUGGGGAGCGGUUUGAAGGUGGAAGCCUAGAACUGCUGAAGCAGAUGGUGUCCAGGGGCUUCCUGGGUCGCAAGUCUGGGAAGGGCUUUUACGUCUACCAGGAGGGUGUGAAGAAUAAGAGUUUGAAUUCUGACAUGGAUGGUAUCUUGGCAAGUCUGAAGGUGCCUCCUAAAUCUGAUGUCUGCUCUGACGAAGACAUCCAGUACCGCCUGGUGACAAGAUUUGUGAAUGAGGCCGUCAUGUGCCUGCAGGAAGGGAUCCUGGCCACCCCUGCAGAGGGAGACAUCGGAGCUGUCUUUGGGCUCGGCUUCCCCCCGUGUCUGGGAGGGCCCUUCCGCUAUGUGGACCUGUACGGUGCUCAGAAGAUCCUGGACCGGCUCAGAAGGUACGAAGCUGCCUACGGAAAGCAGUUCACCCCGUGCCAGCUGCUCACUGACCACGCGAACAGCCCCAGCAAGAAGUUCUACCAGUGACGGACCCGCGCGCCCAGCUGCCCGGCACUAACACAGCUGCAGCGGCGCUGGCUCUCCAGGCGAGUGGCAUCUAGGUUUAUCAGUAACCAGAGGGAAAACAAACUCCGGCAUUGGGGUGCACCCUCAUCAAAGUGCCUUUGGCUCGGUCUCUCCCUCCUGGUGGAAUCUGGCUGUGAAUUAAGUGUGUACUUCAUGUUAGAAGGCGGAACUCACUGUGCUCAUGAACCCAGAAGCCUUGACACUCACCGUGGCAGGGUCUCUGGAACCAUCCUACUGCCUGCUCCCCCUGGGCCAGUGAUGGGGAGGGCCCCCAGCCCAGUACACGGUAACAAUAAAAACCAACUCUUCUCAGCC